AUGCAAAAAAGUCGUCAAGGCCAAGAUAUCGCGUCAAGAUAUCGCGCCCCAGAGUUGCAAGCUGAAGCCAAAAAGGUACAACAGCUAGAGUUUUUGGAGCAAAUAGAAGGCGUCAUUGAAACGUUAGAAAGUGACGAGAGCAACCCUGUUCCUGAAGUUGAUCUGAUACUGAAAAAUGCCGAAGAAACCGAAAUUGAACACAGGGCUUUACCAUCAGGAGCCGAAAAUUACAAACAUAUUCCAACAAUCAAAACCGCAACCCCAACUCUUUGGCACAGCAUUUUAGAAAUGCUAUGGUUCAUAAAAGAUAGCUUGAUCUCUGCGACAGCCGUCAAAGUACAAUCUACACCGCUGGCACGUCCUUUCCAAGAGUUGCUGACGAUCCUUCUGCAGACUAGGACAAUACAAGUCAUAAGGCAAUUUUUUAAAGCCCUCAUGCGUUGGGGUGAUUCCAAGAGACCGACGCAGAAGAAAUGUAGCAAAGGUCUUGCCAUCGUGCUCUUAAGGCUUCGGAAUACAUAA